ACCGAAAACGUGUUGUGUUGGCGCCUUAAGAUAACACUGAAUAACAUAGUUAAGCAAUCCAUGUGCGAAAAAUCCCUAAAAUUGCAACUCAUGAGCUGAUUUCUUCACACAUUGGUGGAAUUUAAGCCUUUUUUGCUUCCGAGAAAUCAGAAUAUGCACAGAACAUUGUGUUGGAAUUGAGUCAUUGCCGAGCAGCCUUCCUCCACUCGAUUCCAUCCAGAUGUGUUGAGUACAACUCCCAUCAUCCUCAGGCUGAGUGGAUAAUCCUCUAGAACAGGAACUGACCCACCUUGGCGUUUUGCAUCACAAUCUUGUUUGCGCAAGGUAGGGAAUGAAGUGCGUGGAUGAUGGAGGAUGUAGUCCAAUGCGUGGGGAAUAAUGUGGGGUGAUUGGAAAUGCACAUUAUGUUCCGUACGGGAUAUAGUCCAGAGUGUAGAGUCAAAGGCUUGUUGAGUCCCCUCCAGGGUGAGAAAAGAGAGAUAUAAAUAUGGUAAAUAAAUAAACGCUGCCUUCUCAAGUCUGGGUUACAAACAGUCUGAUCAGAAAGCUCACCAACCAUCACCCGAAGGGUUUUACAAGAGUUCAGGUGUGUCACAAAAAUGCGGUAAACCCACUCAAGCUUCAAAAGAGCUCUCCAAGGUGCUGAACCCCAUCCCUCACCGGAUUCCAGCACCUUGGAGAGAUCCAUCUACUAAACCAAAACCUGGCAUGGAUUCCUCACCCCACUGACUUGGAAGCCCCUCACUUCCAGUCGCCGAACUGGUUCUGUCCAAGGAUGAGAAUAUUAUUCAGCUCACCAAUCUGUUCUAAAUCCAAUCCAGUCUUCACCACAAAACCAACUCAGAAUCUGAAGUCAUCUGGACUUUAUAUCUUUGGCAGGAUCCACAGUUUGGGGCUCUUUUACUUGUAUAGCUACUACUACUACUACUGCUACCACUACUACUGCUGUUGCUACAUCUACUGCUGGUAUUACUACUGGUGCUACUACUAUGGCUGAUACUUCUACCACUAGUACUGCUGCUGCUACAAUUACUGCUGGUAUUACUACUGGUGCUUCUACUACUGCUACUAUUACUGCUGCUGCUACUGCUACCACUACUAUUGCUGCUGUUACAACUACAACUGGUGCUACCACUAUGGCUGAUACUGCUACCACCACUACUGCUGCUGCUACAACUACUGCUAGUAUUACUACUGUUGCUACUACUGCAGCUACUGUUACCACUACUGCUGCUGCUGCUACAGCUAUUGCUGGUAUCACUACUAUUGCGAUUACUACUGGUACUGCUGCUACUAUGACUGCUGCUACUACAACUACUGCUGGUAUUACUACUGCUGCUGCUAUUACUGCUGCUGCUACUACAGCUGCUACUGCUACCACUAUGACUGCUGCUGCUACAACUACUGCCGGUAUUACUACUACUGUUACUACUGCUGCUGCUACUGCUGCUACUACUACUAUGGCUUCUACCACCUCUACUACUGCUACUACUACUGAUGCUACUAUUACUGCUGCUACUACUACGGCUACAACUACUGCUGCUACUGCUGCUGCUGCUACUAUGUCUGGUACUAAAACUGCUUCUACUACUGCUACUACUGCUUCUGCUGCUACUACUGCUGCCGCCACUACAGCUACUACUGCUGCUGCUACUAUGUCUGGUACUAAAACUGCUUCUACUACUGCUACUACUGCUUCUGCUGCUACUACUGCUGCCGCCACUACAGCUACUACUGCUGCUGCUACUAUGUCUGGUACUAAAACUGCUUCUACUACUGCUACUACUGCUUCUGCUGCUACUACUGCUGCCGCCACUACAGCUACUACUGCUGCUGCUACUAUGUCUGGUACUAAAACUGCUUCUACUACUGCUACUACUGCUUCUGCUGCUACUACUGCUGCCGCCACUACAGCUACUACUGCUGCUGCUACUAUGUCUGGUACUAAAACUGCUUCUACUACUGCUACUACUGCUUCUGCUGCUACUACUGCUGCCGCCACUACAGCUACUACUGCUGCUGCUACUAUGUCUGGUACUAAAACUGCUUCUACUACUGCUACUACUGCUUCUGCUGCUACUACUGCUGCCGCCACUACAGCUACUACUGCUGCUGCUACUAUGUCUGGUACUAAAACUGCUUCUACUACUGCUACUACUGCUUCUGCUGCUACUACUGCUGCCGCCACUACAGCUACUACAGCUGCUGCUACUAUUACUACUAUGACGAAGUGAAGUGCUGGAACACAACUGAUCUGUGGUCCCACCAGCUCCAACUGCUUUCCUCCUUCCUCUUUGCUUUCUUGAAACCAUAGAAAGGCUGCUCUUCUCUCCAAAGAGACAGUCGGCCGGAUUUGUUCCAGCGUCCGAGUGACGUGGGCCUUGCCGCUUCCACUUCCUGACGGAGGCCCUUCAGGAUCACGAGACGGGCGCCGGGAUCCGGAUACGUGAAAGCCUGGAAGAGUCCGCUUCCCUGGCUCUGCCCGGGGCCUCGGAGUGGGAGCUCCCCAUUGGUCUCGCUUCCCAAGCAGCCCUCCAUGACCAACGUGCCUUUCAUUAACAACCGACUCUCCCAUUCAAAGGGCUCUUUUCAAGUGAGUCAAAAGGGAUGGAGCGGAGCUUCCCCGAGGGCCUGCCAGCCCUGGAGAAAGAGAGGCACCGAGACAACUUCAAGAGCCCCAACCUAAGAGAUGUUUCCAACCAGCCUCUGAACCCGCAGGAUUAAUAACAAUGUGGAAGUACUAGCAAAGCAGCUCAACGAGAGCCAGUGUGGCGCAGAGGUUGGGCUCAGAUUCUUGGAGACUAAGGACAUCAUCACACGGAGAUCCUUGAUCUGGGGACUCCAUAGGGCAGCGAGGUGAAUCCUUGCCCAUCAUGCACCAGAAAGCCCAGAAUAUAAGCAAACAAGCUGUUUAUUGAAGGUUAUAAUAAGCACAAGAAAAUAAAGUUCAGAGUCAAUAAAAUGGGUUUAAAUCCACAAGAGCAAUGUACUUGAAAGUCUUUGAGCAAGAGUCAAAGAAAGUCACUCAAAUAUCAUAGUCCAAACCAGAACUUAAACUCAGUCCCAUGAGAAGUAUCAAAAAUAGGCCAAACAAGGUCCAAUUCCAAGGCAGGGAAUAAUCUGGAGACCACAGGAGACAAGGCUAGAAUGCAGGAUCAAACUCCAAUAUAAUCCACGGAAUUGGAAAUCCACACGGCAAAGUCCCAAGAGUAUUCAACUGGAAACAAGGCACAAACAAGGCAGGAACUUCAGUCAAAAUCCACAGCUGCAAAGCUUACAAGACACCAUGCAGAGAAAGGACCAGGCCUUUAAGGAAAAUUCAAGGUUAUUCUUCCAUGAGAAAACUAUUCUCUUAUGGGAAAACUACUUAUUAAAGGUAAAGGUUUUCCCCUGACAUUGAGUCUAGUCUUGUCUGACUCUGGGGGUUGGUGCUCAUCUCCAUUUCUAAGCCAAAGAGCCGAUGUUGUCCGUAGACACCUCCAAGGUCAUGUGGCCAUUGGCAUGACUGCAUGGAGCGCCGUUACCUUCCCGCCAGAGCGGUACCUAUUGAUCUACUCACAUUCGCAUGUUUUCGAACUGCUAGGUUGGCAUUAGUGUGCUUCAAAAGCAGGUGUUUACUCCUUCGUAAACAUUGACGCUGCCUUCUUCCAAGAGUGAUCGCCUCCCUUCUGUCAAAUACAUCAUUCUCCUCCAAACUAGAAUGUCCAUCUCACAGCUGGUGAACUGGCCUUGACAGGGAGGAAGAACGUGGUUCAGAAUGCCUGCUUGCAACCAUUCUGUCUCUGGUCCCAGAAUUCACUGGAACAAACUCUGGCUUCAUGGCAGGCCCAAACCCAGAGUCCUCUGGCAAGGCAGGUGCAGGGACAAUCACUGGCUGAAUGGACCAAAUCUCAGGCUCAGGCUGAACUACAACACAUCAUUUCUUGGGACAAAUUGCGUGGAAGCACCAAGCCAGCAUCCUUCAGAGUUACACUACCCUGUUUCCCCGAAAAUAAGACAGUGUCUUAUAUUAAUUUUUGCUCCCAAAGAUGCACUAGGUCUUAUUUUCAGGGGAUGUCGUAUUUUUCCACAAAGAAGAAUUCACAUUUAUGGUUGAAUUUUUUAAAAAUGAAAAUUUAUUAUCUACUGUACAGGAGUUGUCAUCACAAACCAGAACAACAAAACUGUGAAUCCUUUCAAGAAUUUCUAUAUUUUAUUGCUAUCCUGUUUUUAAAUUACUGUUUUAAAUUUCCGUUCGUAUGUAAAUUUAUGUUGUUGUUGGGCUUGUCCCUGUGUAAGCUGCCCAGAGUCCCUUCUGGGAGAUGGAGGUGGGAUACAAGAAUAAAGUUAUUAUUGUAUUAUUAUUAUUUCUUGUUACUACCUUUAUUUCCAUGUACAACAAUCUAUGGCAGGGGUCCCCAAACUAAGGCCCGGGGGCCGGAUGCGGCCCAUCGAAGCUAUUUAUCCGGCCCCCACAACACAAGGGCAGAAGCGGGUUGGGCUAAAUGACCCAAGGGGUCUCUUCUUCUCUUACAACUAUUAUUAUUAUUAUUAUUAUUAUUAUUAUUAUUAUUAUUAACAUUGAGGCUGGGUGGCCAUCUGUCAGGGGUGCUUUGCUUGUGCUUUCGGUGCACAGAGGCAGAAGGGGGUUGGACUUAGUAGCCCAAGGGGUCUCUUCCAACCCUCUUUGAUGUUGAUGUUGUUGUUGUUGUUGUUGUUGUUGUUGUUUAUUAAUUAUUGCUUGGUGGCCAACUAUAGUCUGGCCUUCCAACGGUCUGAAGGAUCGUGAACUGGCCCCCUGUUUUAAAAGUUUGGGGACCCCUGAUCUAUGGUAUGUACAUUUACCGAUCCUGCAUGCUUCCAAACAAAAACUUUACUAGGUCUUACUUUCGGGGGAGGCCUGAUAUUUAGCAAUUCAGCAAAACUUCUGCUAGGUCUUAUUUUCUGGGGAUGUCUUAUUUUCAAGGAAACAGGGUAGCUGUGUUUGUGGAAGGAAGCAUUGGCUCGAGUGUGUAUUUCCCUCUGAGAAAGGUCUGGAUAUAAAACCUUCCCGCAAGAGCCUGUCUGGGCUGGGAGGGAGGCUCAUCUAGCAAGAGAAGAGGUGAAGUGGCCGCCCAGGAGACAAAUGAAGGGCAAAGGACAGCCGUGAUUUGGAGCGGUGCUAAAGCGCCUACGGGCACAAGAGGCCUCUCGCUCUGGACGCUGCCUGGCUUGCAUU